AUGUUAUCGAAAUCCUUAUCUGAUGCGGACAAAUUUGUACAAUUAUUGGAUACAUCUGAAAAACUGAAAUAUGUUCGUACCUAUGCACAUUUACUCAAUAAUGUGUUUUAUUUAAAAUUGGAAGAAUCUUUCUGGGAACAUUACAAACAAGUAUGCAUAUCUGAAUCGAUCUGGUCUUCACCAAUGUUGAAAAAUAUUGCUAAAGAAAACAAUUUAUGUCGAUUUAAAUUUAAAACUCAAGUUCAAUUGGAAAAACAUUAUCAACUGAUUCAAAAACGACUUCGAACAACUGAAAAUAAUUUAAAUCAAGAAAUUAAUUCCCAAAAUUCACCUGCAUCAUCAAAUGAAUAUCAACUUGCUACUCAAACAAUCGAUGAAAAUCCUACACGAUCUAGUCGAAUACAAUUUUCACAUGAUG